AUGAUAAAGUUUUUAUAACAAAAAAUAAUUUAAUUUUAAAAUAAAUCCUUAUUUAAUUUACCAAGAUAGUUAUAUUAAUCAAAAGAAUAAUUAGAUUUUCGUAAAUAAAAACAAAUACAUAGUUUUGGCUUUGCACCAGAAAUUAAAUGUUUAAUUAUACAUCCUGUAUUAUAUCCUAACAAAGGGCCAGAAAUCGAAUUAUAUUUAGCCGAAGAAGCUAUUGGUUUAGCAAAAUCUUUAAAUUGGGCUAUUGAAUAAGGUCCUUUUUGGAAAUAAGAAUAAAAAUAAAUAGAAUUAAAAGAAAAAAAUUAAGAUGAGAAUUAUGCAAAUGAUGAUGAUUAAUAUGAUUUAACACCGGGUGGAAGAAUUAAAAAACCCAAUAAUUAAUUAAAAAAUCAUCCAGGAUGGGAAUUAGCAGGCGAAGCAAAUUUAAAAGAUGGAGAUUAUAUUUAUACUCCAUAUUUUAAAGGAACAUACUAUAAAUCAGGAAUUAUAGUUGAUUUAGAAAGUGAAAGUGAUGAAGAUGCAGAUUUAUAACAUGAAUGGUAAAAUAGAUUACUAAGGGAAUCUAUUGCAAAAAGUUCUUUAAUGAAAGUUAAAAGAAUAAUAGGCAAAACUUAUUUUACUAAAGGAAAAUUAUUAGAUUUAGGUUUAUAUAUUAAAGAUAAAAAUAUUGAUUGUGUUUUUAUUAAUAGUGAAAUUACUACAACUUAAUAAAAGAAUUUAGAAAAAAUAUGGAGUAAUAUAGUAAAUGGGAAAGAAGAAGAAGCAUUUUUUAAAAAAAAUCCUUAAUAAAGUUCUGAUACGGAAGUUGAAAGUGAUGAUGGUUUAAUGGAAAAAAAAGAAGAUAAUCAAUAUUAAGACAAUGAUGAUAGAAAAAUAAAAGUUUUUGAUAGAUUCACUAUUAUCUUAUAAAUUUUUGCCAAAAGAGCCCAAACUUAAAUUUCUAAACUUUAAAUAGAAAUUAGUUUCCUAAAUUAUAUGAAAACUAAAGUCUAGAGAGAUGGAGGUUAGACAUUUAGUUCUGUUUAUAGCAUUUUUAAAGGAGAUUUAAUGAGUGUAAAUGAAUUAAAUAUAGAAAUCGUUAGUGCUAAAAGUAGAGCAACAAGGGGUAAAGCUUCAGGUUAAGGAGAAACUUAACUUGAAUUGUAAAAAAGAUUAAUUGAUGAAAAACUUUCCAAACUUAAAAAAGAUUUAUCUGGUGUUUAAUAAUAAUAAACUUUUAUUAGGGAAAAAAGAAAUAAAUAACAUAAUAAUAUUCCAAAAAUUUCGCUUAUUGGAUAUACUAAUUCUGGGAAAAGUGCUUUAAUGAAUGCUUUAGUGAAAAAAGAAGUUGUAGAAAGUAAAGAUAAUUUAUUUUAAACUUUAUCAACAACUUCAAGAAAAAUAUAAUUGAUUUAAGGAUAAAAAGCUAUAAUUCUAGAUACUAUAGGAUUUAUAACAAAUCUACCUCAUGAAUUAGUUGAAUCUUUUAAGUCUACACUAGAAGAAGUACAAAACUCGGACUUGUUUUUGCAUGUAAGAGAUAUAUCUCAUCCAUAAACUGAAUAAUAAAAAUAAACUGUUCUUUAAGUCUUAAAAGAUUUAAAGUUUGAUUAGUCUUUUUAUAGUAAUAAAAUGAUUGAAGUUUGGAAUAAAAUGGAUUUAGUUAAAAAUAAAGUAGACUAUAAAGAUGCUCUUAAAUAAGACUUUCCAUCGAUUCCUGUUUCAGCACUUUAUAAUACUAAUAUUGGAAAAUUAGUCGAAGUAAUGGAAUAAAAAGUUAAUGAAUUAAUGAAUAAAAAAUAUUAUAAUUUAAUUAAUCCUCUUGAAUAACAUAAACAAAGAUUUGAUUGGCUUUAUUUAAAUGGUAAUAUUACUAGAAUCGAAAAUGAAGUUUAUAAUUAUGAUCAAACUAAAUAAUAUCCAUAUGGAUGCGUUUAGUUCUCAGCUUUAUUAGAUGAUGUUACUUACAGGAGAUAUUGUACGACUUUUGGAAUUUAAUUAGAAGAAAAAAUUUAUAAAAAAAAUUUGCCUCCUAAAGAAUGGUUAUAGGGAUCAUAAUCUUAUUUUGAGAAAAAGAAAAAGGAUAAAAUUUAAGAAGAUUAAGAAUUUUUUAAAAAUGCAAAAAAUAAGAAAUAAUGA